UUACAUCAUAUGGCUGCUUACAAUGCUGCUACUGAGUAAUACUGAUAUGGCUCACUCAUAGCAUUUAUUAAGGGCUUUCACAAGCUGCCUUCUCAGUGUUGCUAAAGCUAAGCUCUGGCAUGUUGUGAGAAGCCUUUAUAGAACAAAAGACAACAGCAAGAGGAUUACAAUACAGCACUGCCAAAUAGCAAAAUCAUGAUUUCUCAUUUCAUGACCCCACUAAACAUUUUAGUCUGUGCUGUCUGCUGUUUCUCCACAGCCCUAACGAUUGACGAAAUCAUCCAUGUUAAAUUAAAUAACGACAUAGAGAAUGGAAUCCUAGAGAAUGAAGAAGUGUUUUCUGACUGCCAAAUGAAAGAUCUGACAAAGUGGGACAAACUUUUUACGAUGUUAGAGAACUCCCAGAUGAGAGAGAAUAUGCUGCUGCAGACUGCGAAUGAAGUUGUUAGUGUGGAACUGCAGAGCUUGAGAGCAGAAAUGCUGCAGUUUGUCAGUAACUUUGCUGGAGCAUGUGCAAGCAACAUAGAGAGAGCCAAUGCUAAAAUUACAACUGAGUUGAACAGAUCAUUAGCAUCCAAGUGUGAGCAAGCUCAGCGACAGGAAAAUAGUCUGGACACCAAGAAGAAAACUGACCUGGAAAAUGCCAUUUUAUUGAACUUUAACAUAUCAGAAAGGAUUAGCCAUAUUGAAGAUGCUUUGCUUUUAAGGACAGAGGAAGACAGCUCCAAUUGUGCAGAUACACGCUCCACUCUUGAUGCUGUGCUGCAAGUAUUGGAGCAAGCUACUGCCAAACUGCAGACAACACAAAGCUGGAUCAGUCAGCAAUAUCUCCCAGGAGGCUGUGAAAUGGCAAUAUUAUUCCCAAUGAGAUCACCAAAAAUAUAUGCGAGUGUGCAUCCUGCAGACAUGACUCUCCAGGCCUUCUCGUUCUGUGUGUGGGUUAAAGUAACAGAAGCCUUGGACAAAACUAUUGUCUUUUCCUACGGCACCAAAAGAAACCCUUAUGAAAUCCAGUUGUAUCUGAAUCACCAGUCGUCUGUCCUGGUUAUAGGGGGUGACCAGAAUAAGGUAACAGCAGACAAUGUGAUUGAACCCAGUAACUGGACACAUGUGUGUGGUACAUGGAGCUCUGAAAAUGGCAAGGCAACACUAUGGGUAAAUGGAAACAACAGAGUUACAUCUUAUGACAUUGCAAAAGGUCAUGAAAUCCCCAACCGUGGCAUUUUCCAGCUUGGCCAAGAAAAAAAUGGUUGUUGUGUGGGAGGAGGAUUUGAUGAAUCAUUAUCCUUUUCUGGAAAGAUUGCAGGUUUCAAUUUGUGGGACAAAGAACUCAGUGAUGAGGAGGUUACAUUGACUGGAACAGAGCAAGGUUGCAGCGUUCGAGGAAAUAUUGUUGGGUGGGGAACAACAGAAAUCCUACUUUAUGGGGGUGCUCAGUACAUUCAUUAGUUUGGUUGUUUUUUAAUAUAACCGUAACUUAUACUGAAUGCAUUGAGCUAUGUCUUAUUUAAACCUUACAUUUUUGUAACUUAAUAAAGAUGAUAAUUUGAUUUAUCUGUUCAACAAGAACCAAUAAGCACCAUAACACUGAGCUCACCUCUUCUUCCUUAACCCAAAUUCCUUUAAAAAAAUGUUAAAAUAAAUAUGAACGGUACUAAAUUCUGGCAAAGCCAACCUAGAUAUUUAGAUCAUACUGUCCUUGGUAUUUCUCUUUAAUGUGAAUGCAGAUAUAAAGCUAAAAAUACAUUUUAUAAACCUUAAACCUAACAAUAACCACUUGUUUUAAUCCACCUUUAUAUGUGUAAGUAUAUGCUACUGUAUUAUAUUGUAAAUUAAAUGUGCUAGAAUUGCAAUAAAACUACUGUAUUUUUGUAAAGUUGUACAUUAGAAUUUUAGCAGACUCUAUCACAAACAAAUCAUCAUAGGUGUUCCGGAAUCUCAUACAAAAAUAAUAUUGGAGAUUUUUCACAGUUUUUAUUUAAAAAAAUGCUUAACUAAGAGCAAGGAAAUGUAAUGGUCUGCAGCAAAUGUAAAACUACAGUUUCCUGCAAGUUGGACCUCCAUAGUCUAGAACCCUUAGCUCUCCAGCUGUUGAGAAAACUAAUUCCUAGCAUCCUUGGCCAAUGUGAGACAAAGGGUACAGCUCAUAGCUCAUAACUGUUGGACGAUGACAUAUUUGACUUCCCUAAUUACAACUUACAGUAAUUUCAAUAUUAAUAACAGGAACACAAGAUUUACUGUAAUAAUGAAACAAAUAUAUACAGUAUAUGGAUGACUAUUUCACAGUGUAAUCAGUUUCCUUAUAUUAAGAGUUUUUGUGAUUACAAAUGUUUUUUUUAAGCAAGAAGAAAAAUAAAUUUAAAUGGCUUUUUUUACUUUGA